ACACGAAAACACCUCACAUUUCUUUGUUCUCGAACCUGGGAUCAGAUCCUGAGCGGAUAAACUGACAAACGAACAACAGCUUUGACAUCAAACUAGAGUGUGGACUUUGGUGGACCGCUUAAGAUGUAAGUUUGAGUGAAUACAAGAGCCAAGACAGGCAGAAGAAGAAAAAAACUAGAGGAAAAGUUCAAUGCUUUGGACCAAGGCGGAAAUAACGGUGGUAAUGAUACUGAUGAUGCUCUUGCUGAUGUUGAUAACUAUGACAGUGGCUUCAGUGCCUGGAACCAAAAAUGAACUUAAACCCGAAUUUGGGACCAGCUUUAUCAAACUAAACCUGGGCUUCUGCUACGAAGUGGAAUUUGGGAUCUCAACAAUGCCAUCCAACAUCUCCAGCAACACAUACUGCCUCUUCAUAUCUGAAAAUGUUGCUCUGGAGACCAUAAGAGCUUUUGCUUUCUCCGAUCUCCCAGAGCUCACCGAAAUAGAGAUAACCAAGUCAGUACACCUAAAAUUCAUCCAUCCAGAUGCUUUCAGGAACAUUGUGAACCUACGCUGCCUUGACCUGCAGGACAACAUCCACAUAGAGACACUACCUGCUAAUGCCUUCAGAGGUCUCAGCACACAAACAAUUGAAGAGAUACGGCUCACCAGAAAUGGCAUCAAGGAGGUGGCAAGUGACGCUUUCAAUGGAACAAAGAUGUACAGAUUGCUCCUCAGAGGGAACAAACAGCUUACUCACAUCAGUCCCAGUGCCUUUGUGGGUUCCAAUGAGUUGGUGGUACUGGACAUCUCUCAAACCACCAUCAGCUCUCUGCCAGUCUCCAUCCUCAGUGGUCUGAAGAAGCUUUCAGCAGAGUCUGCCUAUAACCUGAAAAAACUUCCUCCUCCGCAGCACUUUACCAAACUGUACUUGGCAAAACUAACGUACCCUUCACACUGCUGCGCCUUCCAAAACAUGCUCAUAAACAGGGAACACUGUGCCAACUCCAGCUCCAUCACAUGCAGCCCAACGCCAGACGACUUCAACCCCUGUGAGGACAUCAUGUCCCCCGUCUCUUUACGGGUCCUCAUCUGGAUCAUCUCCAUCCUUGCUCUGCUGGGCAACACAGUAGUUCUUCUUGUCUUGUUGGGCAGCCGAUCCAAGCUGACGGUUCCUCGUUUCCUCAUGUGCCACUUGGCCUUCGCUGACCUCUGUAUGGGCAUCUACCUGGUAGUCAUUGCAACAGUUGACAUACUCACACAAGGGCGAUACUAUAACCAUGCCAUAGACUGGCAGAUGGGCGUUGGCUGCAAGGCAGCGGGAUUUUUCACGGUGUUUUCCAGUGAACUGUCAGUGUUCACGUUAACAGCCAUCACAGUGGAGCGCUGGCACACCAUCACGCACGCUCUGCGACUGGACCGUAAACUUCGGCUGAGGCAUGCCUGUGUCAUCAUGACGGCAGGAUGGCUCUUCUCCUUGCUGGCCGCGUUGCUGCCCACAGUCGGUGUCAGCAGUUAUAGCAAAGUGAGUAUCUGCCUGCCAAUGGAUGUGGAGACUGUGGAGUCCCAGGUCUAUGUGAUCUCUCUUCUUCUUCUCAACAUCCUGGCCUUCUUCUGCGUGUGCGGCUGUUACCUCAGCAUCUACUUGACUUACCGCAAACCUUCAUCAGCUCCAGUCCACACCGACACCCGGGUGGCCAAACGCAUGGCCGUGCUCAUUUUCACCGACUUCAUCUGCAUGGCUCCCAUCUCCUUCUUCGCCAUCUCAGCUGCCCUGAAGCUCCCACUCAUAACUGUCAGUGACUCCAAACUUCUGUUGGUCCUCUUCUACCCCAUCAACUCCUGCUCCAACCCCUUCCUGUACGCAUUUUUCACGCGCACCUUCCGUCGGGACUUCUUUCUCCUUGCAGCUCGAUUUGGCCUGUUUAAGACUCGGGCUCAAAUCUAUCGCACUGAGACUUCCUCCUGCCAGCAGCCAACAGCCACCAACAGGAGACCCAGGCGAGUGUCGAGGCCGCGCCCGGUACAACCCGAACGUAACAACGGGGACAGAGAUGAGGAGGCUCCUGCAGCAGCCGCAGCAGAAAUGGCUAUUGAGGAGUCUGGCCCAGGUGCUCAGAACAGUCCAUAUCAGCUUCGACGCAAGACCCUGCUUCCCAAGAGAACCGCUGCUGCCUCUGCUGCUGCCUCUGCCUGCCCCAGCAAGGGCCCAAUGGAGGGAGCUUCCACUUCAUCAACAGAGGCCUUUGGCCAUCGAGCCAAGCGGGCACGAGUGUCCGGUAAGAGCCACGACCUGCCAGCGGCCCCAGCAGAACAAUAUCUCCAGCAGAAGCUUCCAGAUGAGGUUGUUUUGAAGAUUUUCUCCUACUUACUAGAGCAGGACCUUUGCCAAGCAGCCUGUGUCUGCAAGAGAUUCAGCCAGCUAGCAAACGAUCCCAUCCUAUGGAAAAGGUUAUACAUGGAGGUGUUUGAGUAUACACGUCCCAUGAUGCACCCUGAGCCUGGCAGAUUCUACCAGGUUAGCCCCGAGGAACAUGAACACCCAAACCCAUGGAAGGAGAGCUUUCAGCAGCUGUACAAAGGCGCACAUGUAAAGCCCGGCUUUGCAGAGCAUUUCUACAGUAACCCUGGCAGAUACAAAGGCAGAGAGAAUAUGUUGUAUUAUGACACAAUUGAAGAUGCUCUGGGAGGGGUACAAGAAGCCCACUUUGAUGGUCUUAUUUUUGUUCAUUCUGGCAUCUAUACAGAUGAGUGGAUUUAUAUAGAAUCCCCCAUCACUAUGAUUGGUGCAGCUUCCGGUAAGGUAGCGGACAAGGUGGUUAUAGAAAAUACUAGAGACUCAACGUUUGUCUUCAUGGAAGGCUCUGAAGAUGCAUAUGUGGGAUACAUGACCAUCAAGUUUAAUCCAGAUGAUAAAUCGGCACAGCACCAUAACGCCCACCACUGUCUCGAGAUCACAGUCAACUGCAGCCCGAACAUCGACCACUGCAUCAUCCGCUCCACGUGCACAGUGGGUUCAGCUGUGUGUGUAAGCGGACAGGGAGCCUGUCCAACCAUCAAACACUGCAACAUCAGCGACUGUGAGAACGUGGGGCUGUACAUCACAGACCACGCACAGGGCAUUUAUGAGGACAAUGAAAUCAGUAACAAUGCGCUAGCAGGGAUUUGGGUGAAAAACCACGGUAAUCCCAUCAUUAGACGUAACCACAUUCACCACGGAAGAGAUGUUGGGGUGUUCACGUUCGAUCACGGCAUGGGUUACUUUGAGAACUGUAAUAUCCAUAGAAAUCGCAUAGCAGGCUUUGAGGUCAAAGCGUACGCCAACCCCACAGUGGUGCGCUGCGAGAUCCACCACGGCCAAACGGGAGGCAUCUACGUCCACGAAAAAGGGCGGGGCCAGUUUAUAGAGAACAAAAUCUAUGCCAAUAAUUUUGCUGGUGUGUGGAUCACAUCCAACAGUGACCCAACGAUACGGGGAAAUGCGAUUUACAACGGUAACCAAGGAGGGGUGUACAUAUUUGGAGAUGGGCGAGGCCUGAUCGAGAGUAAUGACAUCUAUGGUAACGCCUUGGCGGGAAUCCAGAUCCGAACCAAUAGCUGCCCCAUCGUACGACACAACAAAAUCCAUGAUGGACAGCAUGGCGGCAUCUAUGUGCACGAGAAAGGCCAGGGAGUGAUCGAAGAGAACGAGGUUUACAGCAACACGUUAGCCGGCGUCUGGGUGACCACAGGCAGCACCCCUGUCCUCCGCAAAAACCGCAUCCACAGCGGCAAACAGGUUGGAGUAUAUUUCUAUGACAACGGGCAUGGUGUGUUGGAAGACAACGACAUCUACAAUCACAUGUACUCGGGUGUACAAAUAAGAACGGGAAGUAACCCAAAAAUAAGGCGCAACAAGAUAUGGGGAGGCCAGAAUGGAGGGAUUUUGGUCUACAACUCUGGUUUGGGCUUUAUUGAGGACAAUGAGAUCUUUGACAAUGCCAUGGCUGGGGUGUGGAUCAAAACAGACAGCAACCCCACUCUCAGAAGAAACAAGAUCCAUGAUGGAAGAGAUGGAGGCAUCUGCAUCUUCAAUGGAGGCAGAGGUCUGCUGGAAGAGAACGACAUCUUCAGGAAUGCCCAGGCGGGUGUGCUCAUCAGCACCAACAGUCAUCCAGUCCUCCGCAAGAACCGCAUUUUUGAUGGCUUUGCAGCAGGUAUUGAAAUCACUAACCAUGCCACGGCAACUCUGGAGGGCAACCAGAUCUUCAACAACCGCUUCGGAGGUCUGUUUCUGGCCUCUGGUGUCAACGUCACAAUGAAAGAUAAUAAGAUUCAGAACAAUCAGGAUGCCAUUGAGAAGGCAGUGAGUAGAGGACAGUGUCUGUACAAGAUCUCCAGCUACACCAGUUACCCCAUGCAUGACUUCUACAGAUGUCACACCUGUAAUACAACAGAUAGGAAUGCCAUCUGUGUUAACUGCAUCAAGAAAUGCCACCAAGGACAUGAUGUAGAGUUUAUACGGCACGACCGAUUUUUCUGUGACUGCGGGGCCGGAACGCUGUCCAACCCGUGCACUCUGGCCGGAGAGCCCACACAUGACACGGACACUCUGUAUGACUCGGCGCCGCCCAUCGAGUCCAACACGCUGCAACAUAACUGAAGUUAUGGUCAAGUUAACCGCCUCACAUUAGCAUACCAACACAUUACAUUGCACACAGCCAUACACAAACAGUCACAUACACACAUCCACUUGCAGCCAUAAGGCCCCAGAGAGACUCUGCCCGCGGCGCUCUCGGGCAGGAUCAAGGUGGAAGAAACAGCGGAGGAAGUGGCUUCAGCUGGACACGCUGCACCAGAGGGAGCGGCGGAGCUGAGGGUCGACUGACACGAGCGGCCACAAGAGCUUCCUCACUGGAGUUUUUCGAACUGCAGUCUGUAAACAAAGAAGAUGGGAAGAGGAGGGUUGUGCCGAGGGGCUUUCAAGGUCAGCUGGUGGCACUUUGAGUGUGAACUCCUCCCAGUUAAUCCUCAGCUCCUGGCCCUCUUAUUCUUCUUGUUCUCAAGAACUGCUGUCAAAGACUUCCUGCUUCCUCACAGCCAUCCCAGUUAGCUGUCUAGGCAGUUGUGACUAGGCAACGGAUGGGUGGAUGUUUCUGUGUGUGUGCAUAAAGUGUGUGUGUGUGAUGGAGCACUUGGGCUUUUUUUAAAAAUAUAUAAAUAUAUAUAUA